GGCGCGGCUCGGUCCCGCUCCCGCUCCCCCGGGCUGCAGCAGCAGCAGUAGCAGCGGCGGCGGUAGCGGUGCGGGGCUCGGCUUCCUCCUCCCUCCCUCCUUCUCUCCGUGCCGAGGCAGCAGCGAGGCGGGCAUGGCAGCGCCGCCGGCCGCUCCCUGCCCGCUCCCCGCCGCCGCCCCGCCGAGCCUUUGAUGGCCUGGAGCUCCGCCAGCCCCGGCCCCGCGCACGACAUAAGAAACGUUUCUUUAAACAUGGGUGAAACAGAGCAGAGACCAACUGCAGGAUCCCGGUUAGGAGCUCAGGAAAAUGCUGGGAUCAGUACGUUGGAGCAUGGACAGAAACUGCCUCCGACACCACCUGGAAAGCUUGUCUCUAUCAAAAUCCAGAUGCUGGAUGAUACGCAGGAAAUCUUUGAAGUUCCGCAAAGAGCUCCAGGGAAGGUUCUGCACGAUGCCGUUUGCAGUCACCUGAACCUUGUUGAAGGCGACUAUUUUGGCCUUGAGUUUCCGGAUCAUAGAAAGAUGAUGGUGUGGCUGGACCUUUUGAAGCCCAUUAUGAAGCAGAUUAGAAGACCUAAACACAUUGUUGUAAAAUUUGUAGUAAAAUUCUUCCCACCUGAUCAUGCUCAGCUGCAGGAAGAACUGACAAGGUACCUAUUUGCAUUGCAAGUGAAGCAGGACCUGGCACAGGGCAGGCUAACAUGUAACGAUACCAGCACUGCACUCUUAGUCUCACACAUUGUACAGUCUGAGAUUGGGGAUUUCGAUGAAACCAUAGAUCGUGAACACUUAGCAAAGAACAAGUAUAUACCUCAGCAAGAAGCACUAGAAGACAAAAUUAUGGAAUUCCACCUGAAUCAUAUGGGACAGACACCAGCAGAAUCAGAUUUCCAGUUGCUAGAGAUUGCCCGUCGGCUGGAGAUGUAUGGAAUUCGAUUGCAUCCAGCAAAGGACAGGGAAGGAACAAAGAUCAACCUGGCAGUUGCCAACACAGGCAUUCUGGUGUUUCAGGGUCACACCAAGAUCAAUGCCUUCAACUGGGCCAAGGUUCGGAAGCUCAGCUUCAAGAGAAAGCGUUUUCUUAUCAAACUGCGGCCUGAUGUGAAUAGUUCAUUCCAGGACACCUUGGAGUUUCUGAUGGCUAGUCGGGACUUCUGCAAGUCUUUCUGGAAGAUCUGUGUAGAACAUCAUGCCUUUUUCAGACUUUUUGAGGAGCCCAAACCAAAGCCUAAACCUGUUCUCUUUUCUAGAGGUUCAUCAUUUAGGUUCAGUGGCCGGACUCAGAAGCAGGUUCUUGACUAUGUUAAAGAAGGAGGACACAAGAAAGUGCAGUUUGAAAGGAAACACAGCAAGAUUCGUUCCAUCAGGAGCCUGACUGCCCAGCCUUCAGAACAGCAUUCAGAGGUGCCAAAACAAAGCUCUAGCUUUACAUUUGGAGAUGAUGCUGAUGCCCCAGCAGUGCAGAGCUGCCAGCAAGGGAAGGAACUAAAAGUGUCAGCAGAAGAUGCUGAGCAGCGCAGAAGCCCAUCCUUGAGGAAGAGUCCUAAGGAAGGCAGAAGGGUGGAUGGAGUGGUGAUGGCAACAAUGGAGGAAGAAGAGGAGAUCAUUAAGGAUAGGACACAGCAGAAUAGAACUCAGUCGCAGCAACCAAGCACAGCAGGCUCUCUGACUGGCAGCCCUCACCUUUCAGAGCUUUCCAUCAAUUCCCAAGGAGGACCGCCACUGGCAAAUACAUCAUUAUCUCCAAACCUGAGCCCUGAUGCCAAGCAGUCCUCUCCACUGAUCAGCCCAUUGCUGAAUGACCCAUCAGGCAUAAGGACUGAUGAUGAGGAAGAGGUCAGGAGAAAGAGGUGUCCAGCUGACAAAGCUUACUUUAUUGCUAAAGAAGUAGCCACCACUGAACGAACGUACCUUAAGGACCUCGAAGUCAUCACAUCGUGGUUUCAGAGUGCAGUGAGUAAGGAUGACUGUAUGCCGGAAACACUGAAAAAUCUCAUAUUUUCCAACUUUGAACCUUUGCACAAAUUUCAUACCAGUUUUUUCAAGGAAAUUGAGCAGAGACUUGCUCUGUGGGAAGGGCGCUCUAAUGCUCAUAUUAAAGGAGAUUACCAAAGAAUUGGUGAUGUUAUGUUAAAGAACAUUCAGAGUAUGAAGCAACUGACAAUUCACCUGCGGAAGCACAAUGAGAUUUUGAUGGAGUUGGAGAAUGGGAUUAAGAACUCUCGCAAGCUGGAGACCUUGUGCAGGGACUUUGAACUACAGAAAGUCUGCUACCUGCCCCUCAACACCUUCCUUCUCAGGCCUUUGCAUAGGUUGAUGCACUACAAGCAGAUAAUGGAGAGGCUCUGCAAACACUACCCACCAAACCACACAGACUUCAGGGACUCCAGAGCUGCUCUGGCUGAGGUUUCUGAAAUGGUGGCUCAGCUCCAUGGCAAUAUGAUAAAGAUGGAGAACUUCCAGAAACUGCAUGAACUGAAAAAAGAUUUGAUAGGCAUUGAUAAUCUGGUAAUCCCAGGAAGGGAGUUCAUUAGACUGGGCAGUCUUAGUAAGCUGUCAGGAAAAGGUUUACAGCAGCGGAUGUUCUUCCUGUUUAAUGAUGUUUUGUUGUACACAAGCAGAGGCCUGACAGCAUCAAAUCAAUUUAAAGUCCAUGGGCAGCUCCCACUAUAUGGCAUGACAAUAGAAGAGAGUGAAGAAGAAUGGGGAGUUCCUCAUUGUCUGACAUUACGAGGUCAGCGUCAAUCCAUCAUUGUUGCUGCAAGCACACAGGCUGAAAUGGACAAGUGGACUGAAGACAUACAGAUGGCAAUAGAUCUGGCAGAAAAAAGCAAUGGUCCAGCACCUGAACUACUGGCUAGUAGCCCACCAGGCAACAAGUCUCCUGAUGAAACUACUGUAGACCAGGAAUCAGAGGACGAUCUCAGUGCAUCCCGCACCUCUCUGGAACGUCAGUCACCACACCGUGGCAACACUACGGUGCACGUCUGCUGGCACAGAAAUACCAGUGUUUCUAUGAUCGACUUUAGUAUUGCUGUGGAGAAUCAGCUCUCUGGAAACCUUUUGAGAAAAUUCAAGAACAGCAACGGGUGGCAGAAGCUCUGGGUUGUAUUCACCAACUUCUGUAUGUUCUUCUACAAAUCGCAUCAGGACAAUCAUCCUUUAGCCUGCCUUCCCUUAUUGGGGUAUUCACUUACCAUGCCUUCUGAAUCGGAGAACAUUCACAAAGAUUAUGUCUUUAAGCUACACUUCAAAUCCCAUGUGUACUACUUCAGGGCUGAAAGUGAAUACACAUUUGAAAGGUGGAUGGAGGUGAUCCGAAGUGCCACCAGCUCUGCCUCACGCACUCGUGUUUUAAGUCAUAAAGAGUCUCAUGUGUAUUGACAGCUAAACACUCACCACACUGAUUGUUCCCACGAGCUGCUGCUUUUCUAGAGGACAUCUGAAUUUAUUCUCUCCCUUAACUUUAGUAAAAACUUACAUUUGUUUAAAAGCAAAAAAUGGUUUUACAGCAACCUUCAUGAUCCCCUCAGCAACUGUUUAAACUUAAGUUUCUCCAUCAGCCCAGUGGCAGCAGUUAGUUUCCUGUCCUGUAUUUUGUCAUUCUGUGUGCUGUUUCUAGCUUGUGCCAGUAUUAAAACAUUGUCCUUAUUAGAGUGCCAAAAGAAAUUUUCUUGCCUCAAAAGGUUGCACCUGAAAAAGACACAAACUAAUUUGUAAUUUCACAAUCUGAAAAUUUUCUCUAAUGAGGCAAAUCCUGUUUCUCCUCUUUUAGUAAAAAGAUUUUUUACCAUGCUAAACUGUAAACUGCUGGAUUUUUAAAUGUAUGGAUUUCCAGUGUAGACUAUAAAUAUAUGCACAGUAGGCAGUCUGACAGUAAUGAGGUAAUUUUCAGAUGCCAUUUUUCAAUCUUUCUACAUAUAAUCAAGGAAAUACCAAUUUUCUAUCUUUAACAAAAACAGUUCAUGGCUCACCAAUCUCAUGUCAUUUUAGGGUUACAAAUUCAUGUGGUAUAAAACUGUGUAAGACUUGUAUUUAACCUUUUCCUUGGUGCCAGUUGACCAAAUUGUUCAUUUGUUGGUUUUGAAGAGUGAAUACUACUUGCAAGAUGAGAAAUAACCCAGUGCAAUAUUAUUUGGGCUAUUAAUGUACUGUGAAUGGUGUAUACAAGGAGAAAUUAAAAGCUGUGGUGGUAUUCCGCUGUUUGUUUUUACAAACUUAACAAAAGCUGUAUGAGCCACAGCUACUCGUGAUUAAGUUGUAGAGUGUUUUAGUAGAUAAAGUGGACUCAAACACUAUAAACCGAUGGUACUGCUCUACCCUAGACUUUCAUGAUCCAUGUAUCCUAUACGUUUCAUUUUGUAUUGAACAAUUUGUAGUGGUCUGCAAACUAUCUGAAGGUUAGUUCCUCUAAAGUGGUACUAUUUCUAUUUCAGAAAAUUAUGGACUUUAACUUACAUGUAGAGAACAGGAUGUAAUCACUGUCUGAGGCAUUUAUUCCACCUAGCAUAUUCAUCUAUAUAUUUUAUCUAAUGGCAUUUUCUUGGAUCAUCUACUGGUCCAAUUAGAAGACUAAGUCAGAUCAGAUGCUUUUCCUUGCUGUUUUUAGAUACAUUUCUUACUGAAAAUUUAUAUUAUACAGAAAAUAUAAACACAAACUCAACCAGCUAAACACAGAUUUAUCAUGAUUACAGAGGUCCUUUUGGGGAAUACUACCAUCAUGAAGCCAACAGAGGCCUGGAUAUAAAUAUGGGAACCGCAAAGAAAAGGGGAGGGGGAAGAAAUUAUUCUACCAUCAAUUUUUAAAUGUCUAGCUACUGGAUUUGUUAAUCACAUGCCCUUACACAAUGUAUAAAAUGGUUUAGCAUUUCUCACAACAAAAGGGAAUAAAAUACCUCACAAUGCAAUCAAGCAUACUUCAGUUUCAAGAUGAUAAAA